GAGUCAGAGCUAAGAGAAGCGUGUCAACAAUACCAUUACCACACACACUCCGAUAAAAAUAUCAAGCGUUAGAGAGUGACAGUGACAUAUAUAUAUGGCGUCGUGGAUGAAGGCGGUGCUAAUCUCUACUGGUUUCUUGGCCACGGCUAUGCAUCUAAAAGUCAUUGUUCCCGUGGCUGUAGAUUUCUCACAAGCUCCGAUCCUUUUGAGCUCUUUUCUCACGUGGCUGAAACCACCGUAUCUCUACGUCAUCACCAACGUCAUCAUCGUCGUUAUCUUUGUUUCUUCAAAGUUUUUCCGGAGUACUGUCUCCUCCAGCAAAGACUACGAGGUUUCUUACAGUGGCGACAAUAAGUUUCAGACUGAUCAUCAUCAUCAGCAGCAGCAGAGCGCCCACCGGGCUCCUCUAAGACGGCGGAAGGAGACGAAAGAUUCAGAUUUCGGUUUCGUCGCCAAAGUCUCGGCGUUGAUCGUCGUUAAGGAGCCGGAGGUUGUGUAUGAAGAGAAGGCCGAGAGGGUAGUAGAAGCUGCUGCAACGGUAGAGGAAGAGAAGAGGUGUUUAGUGGUGGUGACCAAAUCGGAAAUAUCACAACCUCAGGUGUUGGAGAAGCCUCUGGUUACGGCUCGGAUCGGCCAACGCAAACCGGUGGUUAAGACCACACCAGCAGAGAGGAACUCAGUGAGAGCGUUGAGAGUGGCGAAACCGAAGAGGAACGAGACGUUAGAGAACACGUGGAAGAUGAUCAUGGAAGGGAAGUCAGCGCUUCCGUUGACUAGUUACUACAAGAGACCUGACACGUUCGGACUUGACGAAGAGACAACAAAACAGUCUAGUGUUCUAAAGAAAUCGGAGACGUUUAGUGACAGGACUAAUUGUUAUAACCAGUCUAUGGCGGCUAUGCUGCCGCCGCCUCCGCCGGUGAAGUUGGUGAAGAAGGUGAAGGUGUCACGGAGUCGGGAUGAGCUGAACCGGAGAGUAGAAGCGUUUAUAAAGAAGUGUAACGACGAGAGGUUCGCGUCGAUGAGACUGGACGAUGAAGUGGAUCGUCGUGGUCUUUCGUAUUAAAAACUAGUAUUACGUUUUUUAAAUAUUUAUUUUUUUGGUUGUACUCUUUUCAAUACGACAAUAACAAGUGAACAAAAGUAGAAAGUCACGGACAAACAAAAUCUCUUAUUGGUAGGUAUUUGAUUGGAUAAGGGUGGCUCAUCCAUCACCUUGUGUGAUAUUUCAUCUUAAAGUUGACAAUGUAAUUAACGUCAUUGAAUAGAUCUUUUCUUUCUUCGUAA